AUGGGCCGAAACCCCUCCAGUGGCUAUUGUCACACUUGCCGACGCAGGCGGGUAAAGUGUGACAAGCUUCGUCCCAAGUGCGAAAGAUGCAUCAGGUCAGGUCACAAGUGUUUGGGCUACGAGCUACCCCUUCGAAUGCAACAUUUCACCGCUGUGACAGAGGCUAGCGGGGCCCAGCAGUUGAUUCGCAUUUCUGAUACAACCAAAGUUACACUUCCGCCGCCAGCCGUGACCCAAGAGUUGCCGUUGAUAGCUUUCCGUGAGCAAAUGGCAUUCUCUCAUCUCAUCGCCAAUUACCGAUGGGGUCCCUUCUGGAAACCUGUGCUGCGGAUGUCCUUGAAUGGGCCGGCACCGCCUGACGUCGUCAAGGCUGAUUACACCGGAAGCUUGGCGACGGCGCUUAGUUUCAUGGGCAGUAGAGUCAAAGAUCCGAAGAUGCUGGCCGAGGGCUAUGAACUCAACGGUCAAGUAAUACGAGCCUUACAAUCUGCCUUGUCCGUUGCAUCGAAGAAACAUCUGGCCCAAUGGGCUAUCACAAUCAUCAUAUUGAGUAUCUACCAAGAAAUCAAUAUACCUCACUAUUACGGAAUGGCAAGGAUCCUUGAGUGGUGCGGGCCAGAAUGUUUCCAGCAAGAGCCUAUGCUGACAAGUCUGCGCCAGAUGAGGGUUAUACAUGCAUGUAAAUGCUACAACCACUAUCAAGGAUCUUUCUUUGAUCAGGAACGCUGGAAAACAGUACCAUGGCUGUAUCACCCAAAGACAUCUCACGAUCUCUUGAUGGAUAUAUUUGUCGACAUCCCCGGGUUGACAAUUUCAAUAGUGCGCCCGGGCGAGCCCCUUUCUCCAGAAAAAAAAGCUGCAGCUGGUGCCGCAGUACUCAAGAUGAUCUCUGAGCUGCACGACUGGAGAGGGGCCUGGGAAAGAUCCAACCAGAACAGUGUAUCGGAGGUCUUCAUGCCUUUGGAAGACGACGGUAUCACCAUAACUUGGGUUCGAGAUCUACUUUCUCAACCUUUGAUGCUUAAUACGGCUGAACAGGCGAUUGAGCUUCUGAUCUACAAUUCCGCAAUCGUUCAGCUUAUGAAUCUUCAAGAUAUCCUACACAACGGCAACCAAUUUCCACCCUCUUUACCCUCUGAUGUUGACGAAACUAUACUGAAGAAGCCAGAUCAACUGCUGUAUAUGCCAGAAGAUAUCAAGUACCGCUGGCAGCCCUUGAUGGAAGGGUUGAGGCUGAUGCGAUUGAUUCCAAGGAUAUUUGCGUCCGUUGAAUAUACAGUAAUGCUCUCCGCUUCGCCCUUUGGAAUAAUUUACAAUGCCUCGCUUGGGACUGGGGGUGUUGGGCGUGUCAUUCUUUCGGCAAUGACAACCCCGGAUGACUACGAAAUGACAGAAAGAGAACUGGGUAUAUUCCGGUUGUGGAAGCCUGAAGAGUCAAUAACUACAUAA